CACAGCUCAGGAGUGCCACUCACUAGCAGCCAGGAGCCAAAAGACUGGCAUUCCCAGCACUAGCCAAAGGCCUGUUGAUCUUUGACCCCCACCACUCCAGGAGCUUUGGCCCUCCCUCCUGCCCGCCUUCCUUUCUUCCCUGCUGGCCUCGCCCUCUGUUCUGUCUCCUCAUUCCCUGGCUCUCUUGCUCUGACUGGCAGUUUUUCCCAGCUCCUUGAUCAAACCAAUCCUUCCAUGCUGUCUUCAAGCCCUGCUUCCUGCACAUCUCCCAACCCGGACAAGCAGAAUCCAAGUAAGAAGGUCCAGUGGGCUUCUGGGAGGAGGAGGACGUCAUCCACAGACUCAAAGUCCCAGUCCGACCCCUCCAAAGCGUCCAGGUCCCGGAAACUCAGCCGGCUGACGGUGAAGUAUGACCGGGGGCAGCUCCAGAGCUGGCUGGAGAUGGAGCAGUGGGUGGACGCCCAGGUUCAGGAUCUCUUCCAGGAUCAACCAACUCCUUCUGAGCCUGAGAUCGACCUGGAGGCUCUCAUGGAACUAUCCACAGAGGAGCAGAAGACUCAGUUGGAGGCUAUUCUCCAAAACUGCCCCCGCCCCACAGAGCCUUUUAUCUCUGAGCUGCUCAGUCAACUCAAGAAACUUCGGAGACUCAGUCGGCCUCAGAAACAAGCCUUGUGAGGCUACCUUCACCAGCUUCAGCACUGCCAGGUCUGCCCUGAACCCCUGGAUCCUGGGCUGAGAGGGAAACAGCUCCUUGGGACACAGACAAGGAACGUGGAGAGUGAGGAGGGACAUCUGGACACCCCUGUCUAUGUGCAGUCACAGCUAAUUCCUGUCAGCUGGGCUUUCUGGGAGCCAGUCAUGGCUAUGGCCCAGUGUUUUCCUUGGCAGCUGAGUAAAUAAAACCUUCAGGAGCCCCA